AUGGCAAAGAGGUUGGCAAAUCCUGUGGCCGUCAAGAGUGGUUCCCCGCCACCCUCACCGGUCGCCGCCGCCGCCCUCACCGGUCGCCGCCGCCAUCAGUUUCCCCUACAUGGCCGGAGGAUAGGCCAUCCCGCCUGUCCAUUCCCGCCCCACCGCGAGGGAGAAGACCGACCAGUUGCGCCUCCCCGCCGGUCGCCCCCCGCCACCCCAAGGAUCAAGGUCGGCCGCGCCGGUCCCCGUCGGUCGCUGCUCCGGAUCCAGGCCGCCCACCGCCCCGCCCCCAUCAGCCCGGUCUAUUUCCCACCGGAUCCCAUCUUCGCCGCCGUCCGACGUGCCUUCUUCAAGGAGCUGCGACCCCAUGUCUCAGAGGAGCUAGCCCCGACGCCAGUGAUGCCCGAGCGACGCUCCCAAGCUAUGACGUACCCCGCCGCCAGGAGGCCAGGAGGCCGCCAUGGAGGCCCGUCCCGAGCUCGCCUCGCUGCUCCUCCGGUGACCCUCGCGAGCGGCGCGACCGGAUGGGGCACGAACCCUAGCGGCGCGGUCGGAUGGGUAACGGACCCUAGCGGCGUGGCCGGAUGGGGCACGGGCGCCAGCGGUGGAGCUGGUUGGGGUGCGGCGGCCAACAGGCAUGAGAUUCAAUC